AUAAUGAGCAGGCUCUUUGCUUUUGACCUCAAUACAUGUACGUUGCACAAUGUACAAUUAUGUACCACCGCCAUGCUCGCCGUGUCAUCAUCAUCUGAUCCAGAACCGAUUUUGUGUGGCCGGUGGGUCAAGAACACGUUUCUUCGACUUCGUGGUGAAGGUCUGAAUUCUCCACUUCACACGUUAAGAACAGGAGUCAGACGAUAUGGGUCAGCAUAGAUGUCCCUCAGCUUUUCCCACACACCCGUGUGUGAAUGGAACAGUCCUGAUUGUUUGAGGUGGCAGAAGAAAAGGGAGCUGUGCUUCAGAGCACAAAUAUCCCUGCUCAGUGUGGUGUGAGGCCCAUGUGCCAUGUGAUCAGCACAUGUCAAGAGGCACUAAUCUCUUGCGGCAUUUGACAUCAGCCGACCUGCAUGUAACUGGACUUAAUAAGCUGACUCUAAGUCAGACCAAAAGGUUAUCUAUCUCAUCAAGAGAUUAACGGACUAAUAAUCAGCGCCAAAAAGACCUGCCCAGAAAAAUCCUGGACAUUUUUAUUAUUUCGAGGGAGUGUACGGGAACCAGAGCAGAGGAGGGCGAUAUUCUGGAGGCGUUGGGAAGGAAUGGCCAAGCUUAACUGCUCAUCGUCAAACGAAGAUUUGAACGGAAAUUACUGCGCACUCGACCAUUGUUUCUCACCGGCUAUUAUAAUCGGGAAUGGCCCAUCAGGAAUAAGCCUAUCCUACCUAUUGUCUGGUAAUUGGCCCUACUACACCGGCGAUCCUCAUCCGGACCCAUAUCUACACGCAAGGUUACUGGAAAAUGAGGAACAGUCCAUUCUGCAGCAGGACCUGGAGUUCUUGAGUAAUGGUCUGGAAGGCAGAUCCCACAAUCCAGUGGCUCUUCUCUUUGACAACCUGUACCAGCCCAACGCAGACUUAGUGGACGAUGAGAAAUCCCGGCUGGAAUGGAGACACGACCCGUCCAAAGCGGUGACCCACAGGGUGCUGGGCAAGGGCCCACCAGGAGGAUCAUGGAGGGAUAUGGAUGACUCUGUGCGCACAUUGAGCCAAGGCAGGUGGAUGGAGCUACCGGGAGUCGACUUCUCAGACUGGGUCACAGAAUACAGGAAACGUGUUGGCAAGCAGUGUAACAACAGCGACACCCGAGCAACCUUAGGGGACGUGGGGUUGUACUAUAAGGAGUACGUGGAGACCAUGGGCCUGGAGAAGUCCUUCCGUCCGUACACCCUGGUGACGCAGGUACAGCGGCUCAAAGGACGGCGCGUCAUCAACAGCGAGAGCGGCGAGCCGGAGAUCCAGUGCCAGCGCUGCCGCAAGUUUGAAGGUCAGAACAUGUUUGAGGUCAAGGGUCACUUUGUCUCGGACACCACGUGUUGCGAGAAGCAGGUCAGCGCGAGUGAUACCUUCACCGUGCUGACGCCCAACGUGAUCCUGGCCACGGGAAUGGUGGGCAUCCCGAACCGGUUGGAGGUUCCCGGGGAGGACCUGCCCUACGUCCUGUACAGCGUCCAGGAUCUGGAGGCUGCCAUCCAGCGGGAAGAUGUGCAUUCUACCUCCGAUCCGGUCUUGAUCAUCGGGUCCGGCCUUAACGCCGCAGAUGCCGUCCUAGCCGCCAUCAACACCGGCGUGCCUGUCGUGCACGCCUUCCGCCGGUCUGCCUUUGACAAGGAACUGAUUUUCUCCAAGCUGCCCAAAUCGGUGUACCCGGAGUACCACAGGGUGCAUCUCAUGAUGCAGAAGCAGGGACGGGAGGAGGGGGCCACAGACAGGAGCUACGUCAGUCUCUCGCAGCACACGGUGCACGAGUUUUACCCCGGACACAGAGUAGCCAUCAAGGGUCCCGAGAGUUGCGGGUACGUCAAGGUGUCGGUGGCAGUGGUUCUGAUUGGUUCACGGCCCGACCUGUCCUUCCUACCGAACAGUGGUACGCACUUGGGCGUGAGGGGUGAUGGGUCCCCCAUCUCCUACCAGCACAACCCCAUCGAGGUGAACCCGUACACGAUGGAGUCUACCGUCGAGCCCGGCUUGUACGCCAUGGGUCCGUUGGUUGGGGAUAACUUUGUGCGGUUUGCCAAAGGCGGUGCUCUGGCUAUCGCCAGCAACAUUAACAAGAAGAACCAGGACACUACAGACACUGACAGAUACAUGUAGUUGCAGUUGCCAGAAGUGCAAGUCCUGGCAUGUCUAGUGCAAGAUAUCCGGUCCGAAGUCCAACGGGAAGGCUGUUCAACUGAACUGUCUCAAAGGCAUGCCUUUGCCAUUGCUCAACUUUGUGAACUUUCUUGUGAUUGACUUGAGAUGGACUCUGGUAAUUGCAUUGAAACCAAUGAAGUGUAGUCGAGUCCAUCAGAAGUCCAUCAGAAGUCCAGUCACAAGUAACAGUGGAUGGACAGAAACAAAGGAAUGCUCUUGUCAAAGCUCAAUGAAAUAGCUUACGAGUUGAACUGGUACAGGAGGACUUGUGAUGGACUUGCAGGGACCGGCGACGGACUCCACCAUCCCUGAUUGAAACUCACUGACAGCUGAAGGUUUAUCAUGGCCAUCACGGCAACCUGAUUUUACCUGUAUUUUGUAACUGUGUGCGGAUUAAAAAUGGACAGCUUUAACAGUUUCAUGUUUUUUUUGUCGAACCAAAUUUUCAACUACUGCCAAAGAAUGAUUUUCUUUAAAUGUUUUUGUUUCAAAAUUAUAUAUUUACAUGUACAUUUACUUGUAAUACCUUUUUAAAGUAGCAUCAUGUACAUGUACUUGUACAUAAACGCUUAAAAUUUCUUCAUUGGAGACUUGCAGUGUAAAUUACAGAAAUACACAUUUAUCUUUUUGUUUUUAGAACGGCUAUAAACAUUACACAUGAUUACAGCACCUUGAUAUAGACAUACAUGUACAUGUGUACACGUGCCCAUGUACAUUGUACGUAAGCGUUUGUUUAUGGUUUAAAUCGAGGACACACGCGUGCAACAUCAUGGGUGAAUCGAAGACGGGAACCAAAUCGAGGAAGACCUCGAUUGGAAAAUGUGCACAAAACCAAUGGAGCUGUUGCGAAAAAGUACAAAGGAAAAGGGAAGAGGAACAAAAGACAAUCCUCGAUUUGCACCAUAAACAAACGUGCUAGUUCAUGUCUACAAGACUAAUUUUGAUGUAUACAGAUGUUAAUUCAACGGCACAUGCACAAAAAACGAAGAUCUGAUGUUCAAUAUGCCACUUGCAUUCAAAUCAUAAAUCACCUAAAAAGAGUAUUAAAAAUGUAUCCCAAGGCUAAAAUCUUCAAUUAUGUAGAUGUACAUGUACGUGUGUAGAUGCCCAUACCAGUUGGAAAACUGAAUUGGCUUAUUGUGUAUUGACCAAAGGAGCAAACAUAACAGAACAAAAAAGGAAUCUUUUUUGUUGUUGUUGUUGUUGUUGUGGUUUUCAAUCUAUGGGACCAACCAGGGAAGAACGUUUUUUUUUGUAACUUUUUGUACAUCAGUCAGUGUACAUUACACAAUAAGGUGUUUCACGGUAAUAUGCGCCAUGGAAAAUUGUGCACUGAAAGGGCUUUCAUUUAACAUGUUGAAAUUGUUUGCAUGAGAGGAAUUAAUGUUAGCUUAAAGAAAAAGGAUAUUUUUGAAGAAAGGGGGAAGAUGCUCAGAUUCAUUCCUUUGUAUUAAAACCCAAUCUCUUUUUUGUUUCACAAGAUUACAAUUGUGAAAACUUUUUUUAUUAAAGUUAUUAAAUGAGAAUUUUAGCCCAUGGCUUAAGUUCACAGAACUACAUGUAGUUACAUAUAAACAGAGAACCAGUCAGGAUCUGUAUACGUGAAUCACACAGUUUUUUCAGCUGGUAACCAUUGCUCAGCAAACCUGGGGCCAUUCCAAAAUGUGUCGGUCAAUAAAUUUCAUAUUUCACCAUGUUCACAGGUUCCUCAUUCACGCAUAGCCAAAUAACAUUGUGAGUGCCCCUUUAACAGUAAGCUGGAUACUUGUGCUAAUCAUACAUGUA